UGGAGUUUUCCUUUCACUUUGAGUCUUGGAGUUGAGACCAUCUUAUUUGGAGAUGAUCCAGGAAAACAUCCGUAGCAGCUCCGUAGUUUGGUUUUCCCUCGUUUUGGGGCUGUAACGUCCUUCUGCGUGUGUCUGUAAAAGCCUUCCUCUACAGAGAGCUCAGCUGGAGACGCUCCUCGCCGUGUUUACUCUGCUCUCAUCACGUAGCGGAUUCAGAAAAAGGCUGAAAGAGAAAAUCCUCGAGGCUCCGUCAAACACUGGAGCAGAGAGCAGCAUCUCCAGUGUCCAGCUGUGUGUGGAGAGUAAAACCUCAGUGAUGGAGCUUCAUCACUCCAGCAGUGGAGGAAGAACCUCUGAUUCAAAAGUGAAGCGUGCAGGACCUCCAGAACCCAGCUGUGUGUCUAUGAAGAGUGACCAGUCCAUGGGGAACCCUCUUGAAUUCAGCAGAAGAGGAGGAGAACCCAGCUGUGUGUCUAUGAAGAGUGACUGGUCCAUGAUGUUACCAGCACAGUCCAGUGGAGGGAGACGAACCUCUGACUCGGGGCAGCACUCCACACAAACAGCACUGCAGAUAAACACUCUGGCAGAUAUUCACCAACCAGUGGAUGACGUCCAUCACAGAGUCUUAGAGAGACACAAAACCAGCAUGAAGAACAAGUACGAGAGCUUAUUUGAGGGAAUCAGAACAGAAGAGAAUAAAACCCUCCUGAACAGGAUUUACACACAGCUCUACAUCAUAGAGGGAGAGAGUGAAGGAGUGAAUGAAGAACAUGAGGUUCUACAGAUGGAGAAAACAUCCAGGAGACACUUACAAGACUCUCCAAUCAACUGCUUAGACAUCUUUAAACCUCUACAAGGUCCUGAAGGAAAAACACAAGAAGAGAACAUUAGAGCUGUGGAGGCUGACAGUCUCAGACACAAAGAAAGAAAAGAAGAUAACAGACCAAAAGAGCCAGAGCUCAGAAGUGUUCUGACUAAAGGCAUCGCUGGAAUUGGAAAAACUGUCUCUGUGCAGAAGUUCAUUCUGGACUGGGCUGAAGGAAAAGCCAAUCAGGAUGUAGAGCUCAUGUUUGUGCUUCCGUUCCGGGAGCUGAACCUGAUUAAAGAUGAUCAAUACAGUCUUCAUGGACUUCUGUGUGACUUCCAUCCUGAGCUCAAAGAUCUGGACCCAGAGAUUUAUGAUCAGCUCAAAGCUGUGUUUGUAUUUGAUGGUCUGGAUGAAAGUAGAAUUCCACUGAACUUUAAACAGUGUAAGAAAGUAUCUGACAUCACCAUGACAUCAUCAGUGGGUGUGUUGAUGACAAACCUCAUCAAAGGAGAGCUGCUUCCCUCUGCUCUGAUCUGGAUAACCUCCCGACCAGCAGCAGCCAAUCAGAUCCCUCCUAAAUACAUCAAGCGUGUGACAGAAAUUCAGGGAUUCAGUGACCCACAGAAGGAGGAGUACUUCAGGAAGAGGAUCAGUGAUGAAGACCAAGCCAAGAUAAUCAUCUCCCACAUUAAGACAGCGAGGAGCCUCCACAUCAUGUGCCACAUUCCAGUCUUCUGCUGGAUCUCAGCCACUGUUCUUCAGCAAAUCAUCCAACAGCGUCACACAGAAAUCCCUAAAACUCUGACUGAAAUGUACUCACAUUUCCUGCUUACUCAGACAAACAUGAAGAAUGAGAAGUAUGAGGAGAAAGAUGAGAGAGACCCAAAGAACCUGCUGGAGUCCAACAGAACCAUUCUUCUGAAACUGGCUGAACUGGCUUUCAAACAGCUGAUGAAGGGCAAUGUGAUGUUCUAUGAAGAGGACCUGAGGGAGAGCAGCAUUGAUGUCACUGAGGCCUCAGUGUAUUCUGGGAUUUUCACUGAGAUCUUUAGGGAGGAAUGUGUGCUUCACCAGAGGAAGGUCUACUGCUUUGUUCAUUUGAGCUUUCAGGAGUUCCUGGCUGCUGUUUAUGUGUUUGACUGCUAUGAGAGCAAAAACAUGAAGGAACUGCAGAUAUUUAACCCACUGUACAGUGAGAGGUCUGAGGAUGUUCCUCUGGAUGAGGUUCUGAAAAGAGCAGUGAAUAAAGCUGUACAUAGUAAGAAUGGACACCUGGAUCUUUUCCUCCGUUUCCUGCUGGGCAUCUCACUGGAGUCCAAUCAGAGACUCUUACAGGGUCUACUGACCCCAACACAGAGCAGCUCAGAGAGAACCAGACAGCACAUCAAGAGAUUAAUCAAAGGAGAAGGUAAACAAUAUCACAUCUCCACUGAGAGAUCCAUCAAUCUGUUCCUCUGUCUGUCUGAAAUGAAUGACCAGUCUCUCUCCAGAGAGAUUCAGGAGUAUCUAAACUCAGAGAGACACUCAUGGGUGAAGCUCUCUCCUGGACAGUGUUCAGCACUAGCCUGCAUGCUUCUGACCUCAGAGGAGGUUCUGGAUGAGCUAGACCUGAAGAAAUACAACACAUCAGAGGAGGGUUAUAGGAGACUGAUCCCAGCUCUGACUGUCUGCAGAAAAGCUCAACUAGCUGGGUGUAGUCUCACCACAAAUUCCUGUGAGAAUCUAUCAUCAGCUGUACAGUCUGUUAACUCAUCUCUGAAAGAGCUAGACCUGAGCAACAAUGACCUUCAGGAUUCAGGCAUAAAGCUGCUCUUCGCUGGACUGAAGAACUCGCACUGUAAACUGGAGACACUCAGACUAGCCAGAUGUGGUCUCACCACAAGUUCCCUUGAGAAUCUUUCAUCAGCUCUACAAUCUGUAAACUCAUCUCUGAAAGAGCUAGACCUGAGUAACAAUGACCUUCAGGAUUCAGGCAUGGAGCUGCUCUCUGUUGGACUGAAGAACUCGCACUGUAAACUGGAGAUACUCAGACUAGAUAGGUGUGGUCUCACCACAAGUUCCUGUGAGAAUCUUUCAUCAGCUCUACAAUUUGUAAACUCAUCUCUGAAAGAGCUAGACCUGAGUAACAAUGACCUUCAGGAUUCAGGUGUGGAGCUGCUCUCUGUUGGACUGAAGAACUCGCACUGUAAACUAAAGAUACUCAGACUAGAUAGGUGUGGUCUCACCACAAGUUCCUGUGAGAAUCUUUCAUCCACUCUACAAUCUGAAAGCUUGUCUCUGGCAGAGCUAGACCUGAGUAACAAUGACCUUCAGGAUUCAGGUGUGGAGCUGCUCUUUGCUGGACUGAAGAACUCGCACUGUAAACUGGAGAUACUCAGACUAGACAGGUGUGGUCUCACCACAAGUUCCUGUGAGAAUCUUUCAUCAGCUCUACAAACUGUAAACUCGUCUCUGAAAGAGCUAGACCUGAGUAAAAAUGACCUUCAGGAUUCAGGUGUGGAGCUGCUCUCUGCUGGACUGAAGAACUCGCACUGUAAACUGGAGAUACUCAGAUUGUGUGGCUGUAUGGUUACAGAUGAAGGCUGUUCUUCUCUGGCUUCAGCUGUGAAAUCAAACCUCUCCCACCUGAGAGAACUGGAUCUGACUUAUAAUCACCCAGGAAAGUCUGGAUUGAAGCUGCUAUCUGGUCUACUGGAGGAUCCACACUGUAAACUGGAGAAAAUACAGGUGGAUCAUGGAGGGAAGAUCAGGAUCAAACCAGGACUGAAGAAAUAUGCUGUUAGUCUCACUCUGGAUCCAAACACAGUGUACAGUCAUCUCUCUCUGUCUGAGAGGAACAGAAAGGUGGAGGAUGUGGGAGAAGAUCAGUUGUAUCCAGAUCAUCCAGACCGAUUUGAUUGCUGGUCUCAGGUUCUGAGUGUGGAGAGUCUGACUGGAUGCUGUUACUGGGAGGUUCAGUGGAGCAGAUGGGUUUAUAUAUCAGUAUCAUACAGAGGAAUCAGGAGGAAAGGAGGCAGUGAUGACUGUGGGUUUGGAUUCAAUAAUCACUCCUGGAGUCUGGAGUGCAAUAAGAACAGAUACACUGUUUAUCAUAAUAAACAGAGAACUGACCUACCUGCCCCCCCCUCCCCCUCUAACAGAGUAGGAGUGUAUCUGGACUGGGGGUCCGGCACUCUGUCCUUCUACACCAUCCCCCCUAACACACACACACUGACCCACCUACACACACUCACCACUACAUUCACUGAACCGCUUUACGCUGGAUUCUGGGUUUAUGACUCCUUAGUGAGUCUGUGUGAGAUAGAAUAACCUCUACAGAGAGAGAGAGAGAGAGAGAGAGAGACACAGAGAGAGACAGAUAGAGAUACAGUCAGAGA